AUGGCCGACAACAAGAUACAAGAACUGCUCACGAAGCCGCGCAAUGAGUUAACUGAAUACGAGAUCUCCCUCCUCGAGGAGCACGAGUUCAGCGCGGGCCCCCUGUCGAUCCUGCAGACGGCCGUGCGCAGCCACACGCAGGUGCUGAUAUCGAUCCGCAACAACCGCAAGCUGCUGGCGCGCGUCAAGGCCUUCGACCGCCACUGCAACAUGGUGCUGGAGAACGUCAAGGAGAUGUGGACCGAGACCCCGCGCCUCGCCGGCGGCAAGAAGGGCCGCCCCGUCAACAAGGACCGCUUCAUCAGCAAGAUGUUCCUUAGAGGAGACUCGGUCAUUCUGGUCCUUCUCAGUUAA